GUGUCCCACCAAACAAACGAGGUACCAUGAUCUCGACGGACAUGCUCGUGCACGCGAGCAAGACGAGUGUCGCCAAGGACGAGUCGGCGGACCACUACCUCCGACGUCUCACGCACCUCACGCUCACCAACAAGAAGCUAACCGGCAUUGCCAACCUGGAGCUUUGCCGGAAUCUCAAGGUGCUGUAUCUCUACGGCAAUCGCAUCCAAACGAUCGAGAACCUCGCGUUCGCGUCGCAGCUGACGCAAUUGCACCUUCAAGACAACCGCAUCACGCGCAUGGAAGGCCUCGAUGCGCUCGUCAAUCUCGAAAAACUGUGUCUCGAAGGCAACCAGAUAUGUCGGCUCGAAGGCCUCGAGCACUGCAGCAAGCUCACAGAGCUGCAUUUGGCCAACCAGAAUGUAUCGACAACUGGCUUUGCCUUGGACGAUGCCGCUUCGCUCGCGACGCUCAGCCGUUGCCUGCGCGUGCUGAACCUUGCCAAUUGCAAUGUGCAACGCGCGGCACCGUUAGUGGCGCUUGGUCGUCUCGAACAGCUCAACCUCGCACGGAAUGCCAUCAGCGACAUGGAAGACGUCUUCGCCCUCGUCGGGGGCCUCCGCUGCCUUCGUGACCUGAAUCUGACCAACAACCAUGUCAACGCGACGCCCAAGUACCGGGAAAACACCAUCAUUUUUUCCGGCGCCCAUUUGCAGGUGCUGGAUACAAAGGACAUUGACGCCAAGCAGCGGGCGAUGAUGCAGUCUCAUCUGGCCUUCAAGCACAAGAAACGCAUGGAGCGUGGGAAGGGCCCGAUCGACCCCGAGGUGACCAUGUCCCUCAAGCCGACCGUGUCGAUACCGAUGAGCAAACGACUGGGCGGCUCGGGCUUUGAUGUGCUCGGCAGCGCCAUCUCGCGCCCCCGUAGCAACAACCACGACGACCACGACGACGGAUUGUGAGGCUGCAGCGUCCAGCAGUCUCGACACGACGCAGAAAGACAUGCAUAACAAAGGAACAAGGGAAAUGGAGUGUACAGAUCGG